AUACAUCAACAAACUCACACAGGGGAGAAACCAUUUAAAUGUUUUGAGUGUGGAAAGAGCUUCAGUGAAAGUGGGAAACUUAAAUUACACCAACGAAUUCACACGGGUGAGAAACCAUUUAAAUGUAUUGAAUGUAGAAGGAGCUUCAGUGAAAGUGGAGCACUUAGAAUACACCAACGAAUUCACACGGGUGAGAAACCAUUUAAAUGUAUGGAGUGCAGUAAGUGCUUCAGUCGAAGUGGAACACUUAGAAGUCAUCUACGAAUACACACGGAGGAUAAACCAUUGAAAUGUAUUGAAUGUGGAAAGAGCUUCAGUGAAAGUGGAGCACUUAGAAUACACCAACGAAUUCACACAGGUGAGAAACCAUUUAAAUGUAUGGAGUGCGGUAAGAGCUUCAGUGAUAGUGGAUCACUUAGAAUACACCAACGUACUCACACGGGAGAGAAACCAUUUAAAUGUAUUGAAUGUGGAAAGAGUUUCAGUAACAACGGAGCACUUAGAAGACAUCAACGAACUCACACAGGAGAGAAACCAUUUAAAUGUAUAGAAUGUGGAAAGAGCUUCAGUGAUAGUGGAUCACUUAGAAGACAUCAACAAACACACACAGGGGAGAAACCAUUUAAAUGUAUAGAAUGUGGAAAGAGCUUCAGUGAUAGUGGAUCACUUAGAAGACAUCAACGAACUCACACAGGGGAGAAACCAUUUAAAUGUAUGGAAUGUGGAAAGAGCUACAGUCGAAGUGGAGAACUUAAAAUACACCAACGAACUCACACUGGGGAAAAACCAUUUAAAUGUAUGGAAUGUGGAAAGAGCUUCAGUGAUAGUGGAUCACUUAGAAUACACCAACGAACUCACACAGGGGAGAAACCAUUUAAAUGUAUGCAGUGUGGAAAGAGCUUCCAUGAAAGUGGAGCACUUAGAAGACAUCAACAAACUCACAUAGGGGAGAAACCAUUUGAAUGUGUGGAUUGUGGAAAGAGCUUCAGUCGAAGUGGGACACUUAGAAGACAUCAACAAACUCACACAGGGGAGAAACCAUUUAAAUGUAUUGAAUGUGGAAAGAGCUACAGCCAAAGUGGAGAACUUAGAAUACACCAACGAACUCACACAGGGGAAAAACCAUUUAAAUGUAUGGAAUGUGGAAAGAGCUUCCAUAAAAGUGGAGCACUUAGAAUACAUCUACGAACUCACACGGGGGAGAAACCAUUUGAAUGUGUGGAUUGUAGAAAGAGCUUCAGUGAUGGUGGAUCAUUUAGAAGACAUCAACGAACUCACACGGGGGAGAAACCAAUUAAAAGUUUAUAGCGGCACCAGCUUUUCUGGUCAAGAGUCCACUUUGUCAGACUGCAGCCCACAAAAGUUUAGGCCAUAAUACAUUUAUCAGCUUUUAAGGGCAGCAAAAGAUGAAUAAACAGAAGCAUAGUUCAUCUAUGGAA